AUGGAUCGCCAAGUGGUAGGAAGGGGCCGCGGAAGACCCACUAGACAACACCCGGAAGCGGGUAGAGAUAGAGAGCCCGAGGUCAACCCAGACCAAAGGCAAGAGGGUGGGGCCAGAGACGGAGUGGCCACCUCUAUCAAUCGUAUCACUGACGUCCUAGAGCGCUUGAUUGAACACCAAGCUGCUGGACCAGUGCGCCAUCCAGGAGGCCCAGCCGAUUCUAACGACCGGGCACUGGAGAGGUUUCUAAAGUUCGGACCUCCUAAGUUCUACGGAGGACCUGAACCUGAGAUAGCUGAGGGAUGGUGGGAGAGAAUCUCCGACAUCUUCGCAGCCCUGAACUAUACGGAAGAGCGGCAGGUAACUUUUGCCGCAUUCCAGUUUGAGGGAGCUGCUCGCUCCUGGUGGAAUCUGGUGAGAACUAACUGGGACAUGAAUCGUACUCCAAGGACUUGGGCGAACUUCACAAGGGAGUUCAAUGCCAAAUUCCUCCCACCGCUCAUCCAAGAAAAGAGGGAGGAUGAUUUCAUAAAAUGUAAGCAGGGGGCGAUGAGCGUCGCCGAGUACGAAGUCCAGUUUACCAAACUAUCUCGAUUUGCUCCUGAACUGGUAGUCACGGAGCAAAGGAGAGUCAGAAGGUUUGUACAGGGUUUGAAUGUGGAACUACAGGAAAGUUUAGCUGCUAUAAGGAUAGAUACCUUUGCUGAGGCUGUUGAAAGAGUGCAGCGAGUAGAAGUAACCAGAGCUCAGGUGAAGUCUUUUCAGUCCAAGAAAAGAUUUGCUCCUAGCAGUAGUCGGGAGCCGACUUUUGGAAAUGCUCCACCGGCCAAAGUGGGCCGAGGAACUAGUGGAGUGAACAGUUCUGGAGCACCACGAGGCGCCCAAGCAAGAGAAAAUGGGGCCAGAAGUGCAGGAGGACGAAAUAAUGGAGCUAGAGGGGGACCAAUUGGAAGAGGACAACCUAGGAAUCGGCCGCAAGGGGGUCGAGCAAUAGUUCCUCAAGCGACAUGUGCUUAUUGCAAGAAACCUGGUCAUCCUAUGGAUAGCUGCUGGAAGAAGCAAGGAAGGUGCUUGAGAUGCGGAAGUAGUGAGCACCAAAUCUCUGGAUGUCCAAAGAUGCAAGAAGGGACUCCUCAGAACGCUAGACCAAACAAUUCUGGAGGGAGCCGACCAACAGUUCCUGCCCGAGUGUACGCCUUAGGGGACCAACCUGUACCCGAUUCCUCGGAGGUAGUGGAAGGUACACUCCCAAUUUUUCACCGACUAGCUAAAGUAUUGAUUGACCCUGGGGCAACUCAUUCUUUCGUUAAUCCAUCUUUUAUGUUUGGAAUAGAUGUGCAACCAGUUAGAUUACCCUUUGAUCUUGAAGUUAGGACACCCAUGGGUAACAAGAACGUAAUCACUAGCUUGGCUUAUAAGAAUUGUGAAUUCUGGAUUGGAGAGCGUAAGAUGCUAGUGGAUCUGAUUAGUCUGGAUAUAAAAGGUUACGAUGUUAUUAUAGGAAUGGAUUUUCUAGGCCAUCAUCAUGCUAAACUUGACUGUCGAGCGAAAGUGGUGGAAUUUUGUAUACCCGGUGAAGCAACCUUGAGGUUAGAUGUUAAGGGUAGGUUAGCAUCUUCUGCUAUGAUCUCAGGAAUUUGA